UAUAGUAUCACUAUCAGUGCUUAAUUUAUAAUAAACAGAAGCACAAUUCUUGUAGUGUAUAGUUUAUACUUAAAUUAAUAUUUCAAGUUUAGAUUGCUUUGAAUUAACUGAAAAUGUUUAUAUAUGCUUACCAUCUAUCACUUUGAUUGCAUUUGGGACAAGAAAGAUGCCACUACUCCAACAUCUUAUUAAACCUGUCUAUAUUAGUCGUGGAACCCUUAAUUUGGAAGAUAAGGGUCUACCAACUGUUGCUUUACAUGUAGAGAAUGAACUUGAAUGGGUUACGAAUGGAACUCUGUCGAACAUUAUUUGCCAACUAUCAUCUUUGUCCAAGCAUGCAGAUAAUAUGUUUAGUACCCUCCUUAGAGAAGCAUCUCUGCUUGUGGAACGAUCAAAUGAGUUACAAGCACGAAUAGACAAAUUGGCUGUGAAGGUGACACAAUUAGACUCUAGUGUGGAGGAAGUCUCACUCCAGAAUAUCCACUUGAGAAAGGCAUUUAAGAGUAGUGUAAUAUAUGAUCAAGAAGUUGUGGCACGUGAUACCAUCCCUGUGGCUAUGAGUGAAACACAUGAGGAAUGUGCUAAACCACCCCCUUUGGAUAAAUUAAAUCCAUAUAGGGAGGAUGGAAAAGAUGGUCUGAAGUUCUAUACUGACCCAAAUUAUUUUUUUGACCUCUGGCGACAAGAAAUGUUGAAGGACACAGAAAGGAUAAUGCUUGAUAAAGGCAAAAAACAAGCACAUGGAAAGGAUGGAAUUGAGCCACACAGACCACGCCCUGACGGAAAACGGCAUAAGAAAGUUCGCCAGCCUCACAACACCAGGGAGAAGUAUCGACAAAUGGCAACAGCUCAUGAGUUUAUAGAUAAAACUGCAAACCAUUCUCAGAUUGAUUAUGGUGAUUUUGUUAUUAGCCAGACAAGCAUAUCACAAGAUGGCUCAAAUCAUGGGUACCCAGUGCGACCAAGUAGCUUGGAAAUCCAUCCUUAUGUUUCCGGACAAGAACAGGGUAUUGAAAGUCCUACCCAUCUUUACCCCCCACCACCACCAGCAUAUACUGAGCAUCCUCAAUUACCACAACAACAAUAUGCUCCUCCACCUCCUUACAGUGUUACAUAUCCAGAAUAUGAACCCUCAACCAAUAAUACAUCUACAAGACAAGUCAGCCGUAUUAGUACCAUGAGACCUUCUCAGCCACCACCAGCACCACCUGUGUGUGGCUCUCUAAGUUCAAGUGGGAUUUCUACACCAUCUGUUUCUGAAGGCAGUACACCAUCUAGUGGUGCUGGCAGGCAUAGAGUGUCAAGUCAGUCCAGGGAAAAUCUACCCCCUCCUCCUCCUCCUCCACCAGAGGGUGUUCUGAACAAUGGUGAAUCAGUAGAAUCUGUGGUUCAAAAUGUUUUACAAGACCAAGAAAUUGGAGCUCUUAAUAUUCAGACGCCUGCAUGUAACAAUCUCCAGCCUUUAGGAUCACCCCAAAGUGCACUCACUCACCAUCCACAAUUAGUGAAUCACAUAAAUUCUCAAACACUUGAGCAUGCAUCUAUUCCUGAAUGUCAAACAGAAAGUCUUGACCUUCCACCUCCUCCACCAACCCCAACACUUCACACAGUUGAGAAUCAGAUAACAGCAUUACCUCCUCCACCAUCACCGCCAGUCAUAAAUGGAGGAGAGACCCUACCACCACCUCCUCCCCCUCUUCCCACUGUCAAUGAUCUCUCUCUAACAAAUGGAGAGGUUUUGUCUAUAGCAAACAGAGUGCCAGAAGUAGUAUCAUUGUCAUCUGAGUCUACUAGCACAACCUCUAGCAAUAGUAAAGCUGGUGAAGGUCAACAAGUGAAAGCUAAACUAGCUCCUAAAGCACAGUCAGAUGGUAGAAGUGAUCUAUUAGCUGCCAUCAGAGAAGGUAUCAAACUUCGUAGAGUCGAAGACAUCAAGCAGAAAGAAGUGGAAAAAGCUGCUCCACUUCAUGAUGUAGCAUCAAUUCUAGCACGACGUGUGGCCAUUGAGUUUUCUGAAUCUGAGUCAGAAAGUGAAUAUGACAGUGACAUCUGGAAUGAUGAAACAGAGUGUUAAUAAGGUCUUUUAACAGUGUAGAUGAAUCAUGGCCACCAGUAUUAUCAUGUUCUGAACUGUCAGGAGGGUCAAUACUCUUGGAGGUGAUAAAGAAUAAAACUGUUAGGUAUGCAAGUGCACACUUCCGUACCACUUGAGCACAUGUCCACACAGAGCUCAUUCAUUUAAAUAGAGAAACAGUUUACCAUUAAAUUAUUGAAAGUGUGUAUUCACAAAAGUGUGGUGAGUUGAUAAAAAUUAAUGUUUCAUUUCUUAGGAUUGUGAUCUCUGUUUUCAUGUAAAAAGAAAUAUUUGCAUUACUGCUUGAUUUUUUUUUAUUGGUAGAAAUUUCAUAAGGUGAACAAACACAUAAAAGCUACCAGUCCAGUCUGCUAAAUGCUUAAUAGAAGUUGCUGCAAAAUUUUUUAUUAUAUUUAUCUUUCUUGCAGAUCAUACACUGUACAAUCAAAUUAAAAUGAGGACGUUAAGAGAGAUUCUUGUGGAUUAUGGUGCUUUGUAAUUAAUUGAACAUGCUGUUCUUGUUUUAUAGCAUGCCAUUAUAUGAGGAAAUCAAAAUCAAUAUAAUGAAUUGUAAUUUUUAAGAAAGACAUAAGAGCAUUAAAAUCAUUAGGAAGUUUGAAUGUAAAUGAGUAAAUAUAUAUACUUUGUUUUAGUUUCAAGGUUUUAGUUGAAAUUUAUGUUGAAGUUUUUCAUUGCAUGCCUCUAAUUUUUUACAGGAUUAAAACAAAACUAUGUGCAAAUAAGUUAAAAUAGAAUUGUAUGUAAAACAGUUAAGGUAUAAGCUUUAAAUUAUAUGGUAAAGAAGGUAUAUAAUUAUAUAUAUGAGUGUUAGAGAUGGAACAUAACCAUCACUGCUACAUUUUGUGUAUUAUCUGUUUCAAUUCAUUUUGGUGUCAGACAGAUCAAAACAAAGUUACACCAGUCUUUCUUUUGCAAAAACAUGUUUUACAAAUUUGCAUGUGCCUUUCUUAGUUUUCUAGUACUAUAUUAUAAGAUAUUAUUUAUUUUAGAGUAUUUUAACUAUCAGAAUAACCUCAUCUGGUACUUUAUCAAAACUUUUAUUAUUAUUUUUUGUGACAAUAAAUUUGCUUAGAUGUGUAAAAUUGUUAGCCAUUGUAGAUCUGGCUUCUAGUCAGAUAAUAGGGAUAUAAUAUAUUUUUCUUUCAGUUACAUAGAUAUUCUUACUUUCCUUCUGAUUUUGCCAUGUUUGUCUCAGAAUUUUUUACUCCUCAAGCUCAGAACUGCAAAAAAUAUUAAUGUGACUGUUUAUUGGUUUUGCUAUGCUGAUUGCUCUGUUGAAAAAGUUCCCUUGUAAAAACAACACAAUGGUGUGCAAAAUGCUAUGUGUGCAUUUUAUCUGCUACUUAUAAUAUUUUCUUACAAUAAAGAUACAUGUAUUAAGCAAAUAUAUCAAGAAGACAAAUAAAUAUUUACAGAAAACUAUGUAUUGUAAAAUUAUAGUGAUUGUUUUAUCAUUGUGAAGUUCCGUUCUAAAAGAGUACUUUAUUGUAGGAUAUUUUUAUGUGUGUCUUAAAAAUUCCUGAAAGAAAAGCUAAUUUAGUUAUAGUUAAAUUAGGAUGAGUUGUAACACCUUUCUAAAUAUUACUAUUAUUAUUAUAGUUUCUUGGGUCAAGAAUAAAAGGAUAAAAUGCUUA